AUGAAAUGUCGAAUCUUAGCCCUCUUCGCUGGACUCAUUUGCGUCGAGACAUUCAGACAUGCCUCUUGCCGGCCCGUCAUUGAACGCCGGGACGCCGAUUUCGAAAGUGUCCGGACGAGACUGGAUCAUCCACACGUAAAUUUAGACGACGAACCUCCGGACAAGUACUUUCACGAAUCCAACUUCCAUCAACACUAUGAUGGCCGCUUUGCAGACCGUCCGUUGAAGUAUGACGAAAGGCAAAUGCAUCUCUCGGCGCUCAUCCGGACCUACCUGUCGGCAAUGAAUGACAUGGGGGCUAUCGGGAGAGAGACUUGGCUCAUGCAUGGUACCUUACUGGGCUGGUACUGGAACAGGCGAAUUAUGCCUUGGGAUUCCGAUUUAGAUGUCAUGAUAUCUCAGAGUGCUUUGCACUUCCUCGCGAGCUUCCACAAUAUGACGGUUCACAAGUUCAGGCUGCCCGGGCAUGAGGCCACCAGGAGCUACAUGCUCGAAAUCAACCCCCACUACCGUGAGGACGGGCUCGACAGGGACAACCGUAUUGAUGCUCGUUGGAUCGACACUGAGACCGGCCUCUUCAUUGACAUUACCACCCUUCGGCGCAAUAUGACUGCGACGACUGCUGGAGACUCUGAAGCAAUGAUGGUCAAGGACAAGCACCACUAUUCUUAUGAUGAUAUCUAUCCACUUCGCCAAAGUCGCUUCGAAGGUGUUGCCGCCAGCAUUCCGUAUGCCUAUGCGGAUAUCCUGAUGGAAGAGUACGGGGAACAGGCGCUGUCAGGCACAGACCAUGAGAACCAUCGUUUCGACACCAGCAGACAGGCUUGGCUCCCCGCCCACGUGUCCAGCAUGAGUGGCAAGUACGAUGAUGGUUGA